AUGGCUGAAUGGAUUCCGGGUUUUGUCGCUCUGGUGUUCUGUUUCCACAGUAUAGUCGCUGAGAUUGUUUUGACUCAGUCCCCGUCUGUCUCAACUUCUCCGGGUCAAUCUACAAAGAUUACUUGUACCAUGUCAGGAGGAAGCAUUAGCAGCUACUAUGCGAACUGGUACUGGCAAAAACCCAGCGGCACUCCUGGACUCGUGUGGAGUGAACGCAAUGGCAGAGGUUCCGGAAUACCAGAUCGAUUUACCGGUACCGUAGACUCAUCUAGCAACCAGAUGCACUUAACCAUCGGAAACUUGCAAUCGGGGGAUGUCGCCGAUUAUUACUGUGGUAUAUGGGCCAAUGAUAGAUUGAACUUCGGGAAAGGAACCAAACUGAAUUUGGGCAAUCCUCUGCCCCCUAAGGUGUUGGUCCUCCGGCCCUCAGCUGAAGAAAUCACGAGAAACGGCACCGCCACCCUGGUGUGCUUGGUGAGCGGGUUUAAUCCGGGAGCUGUGGACAUCGAGUGGACGGUGGACGGCAGCCCGAGGAAGAAUGGCGUUGAGUCGAGCCGGGUCCAGCUGGAGGGGGACAACACAUUCAGUUCAAGCAGUUACCUGACUCUGUCUGCCUCAGAUUGGAACUCACACGAUCUUUACACCUGUGUGGUUAAACACGAGGCUCAGGCAAACCCAGUUAAAGUAAACGUUGCACGAUCCGGUUGUCUGUGA